AUGGAUGAGGAGAAGUACUGGUAUGAUACCGACACGUCUCAAGAUGAAAGCAUAAAGAGGCUGUUAGCAAUCUCAAUUGGCGAUUUUCAGAACGAAUGGCUACAAAGCCUGCCAUCAGCAGUUAUAGAUAGGGAGCGAGUCGUUCGGACAUUUUCAAAGCUCAAUUUUCGCCCUACGCAAGAACGCUUGUCAAUGCUGACGAAGGCCGACGGGCGGAAGUUGAUUCUCAAGUUCCGUGAGAAAUUCAAAGACGGAAUCGAGACUAAAUGCUUGGUGAUUUAUCUAAAAUCUCAUGGUGGACUUCAUCCUCACAAAGGCACGAUGAUAUAUUUUUCGGAUGAGGCAAUGCCCCUUUGGGAUUUGCUUGAGCCGCUCUUGCAAUUGCCACAAUUGCAGGGAGUGCCCAAAAUGGUCAUUUACGAGGCUUGCAGAGGCGAAAAUGCUCAAUAUAUUACUGCAGGAGUCGCCACACCAACAACUCCAGUUGCAUAUGUCCAUCGUCGAAUCGAUACUAUUUUAUUCGCGGCUUCACCUGAAGCUGAAAUGGCUGUCGCUGGUUAUGAGAAUGAGGUGUGUUCUCCUUUUACUGAUGCUCUCUGCAAAACACUGUUGGAAAAUAAAAGCCAGGAUGUGUUUGAUUUGGGCAUAAAAGUCACCAAUGACCUCCGAAAAGCGAAUUUACCAGUGAGGGAGGCAGAUGGCACGAUCCACGCAUGGGCACUGGCUCCUGUGAUGGAGUCGUGUUUGACGAAACACCUCCGACUGAUGCAUCCAAAUGAGGAAGCAAAGUAUGGCUGA